CUUUAUUAAUUUUCAUCUCUUCUAGUAGUGUAAUUGUAAUAUUAAUAAUAAUAGCAAGAUAAUAGUGAAUAAAUUUGAAAAAUAACAAGAGUCACAGCCCUGCAUUGGCGCAAGCGCAGUUCACAAUUUCUAGCAGAAGUUAAACUGUUAAAAAAUGUUUUGUUGUGACAGAUUGUUUGUGUGACAGUCAGUGACAGUUGAAUAAAUCUUUUGUAUAUUAAAUUAAGCACCUUUAACAGUAUUAUUUUUACUACAAAAAAAGGAAAAUUUUUUUUUUACUAUAUUUUUUGUUCAGUCAAAAAUAAGUAUUAUCAUGGAAAAUGAUUAUUAUUCAACCGUUUAUUCCUGGUUCGAUAAAUGUGGAAUAAUCGGGAACAUACGGACACAUUUGCGUCAAAAUUUGGUAAAUGCUUUAAAAAAUAAAGAUUCAUUAAAAUGCGAGAGUAAUCGACCAAAAUCGGCAAAGCAAUACGUUCACGAUUUAUUAAUUGCAGAAUAUCUCUUCGACAGAAAUUACGCCUGUUCAUUGUCAGUUUUUGCAAGCGAAGCGCCUUUACUUGUGAAUUUUGCCCGACAAGUGUCAAGCAAUUCCAAUGAAAACGAGAAUAAGCAACGUUUGCAAAAUGAUUAUGUGACGCAUACACUUGACACUCUGGGAAUAAAAUCAGACGAACCCGAAGGACUGUCAAUUAUUUCCAAAUAUUCAGAAACUGAAGAACCACUUUUACUAUGUAUUUUAAAUUCUCAUCGUCAAUUUUCUUCAUUGAAAAUUGAUGAAAUUGGAGAAAAAUGCAAAGUGACUAAAGUUUUGAAAAAUGUCCGCGAGAAUGCGACUCAAACCGAGAGAGAGGAAACUAGAGAAGAAAAAGUGGCAUCGGCGACAAAAAGAUUAUUCAAGCAAAAGGAAAUUUUCGAUUUAGAAUUGAAGGAGAAGGAGAAAAAAUUAAGAGAACAGGCAAUUAUCGUUGAUCGUCAACUUUCGUUAUUGCAGAAGAAAUUACAAGAAGCUCAGGAAUUAAUGUACAAUGUUCAAACGAAGGAGAAAAAUUUUCAUCAAGAAAGAGGAAAAGAGGAGCAGAGAAUUAUUCAAAAAGAUAUGGAACUCGCAAUGAAGGAGAAACUUCUCUCCCAAGAAGCAAUUAGAUUAGAAAAGGAGAGGGACAGUUAUAGAAAGUUUGAGACAGACUUGCAAAAAUUACGGGACGAAUUAUUAAAAGUAAAAAGAGAAUUUCCAACGUUAAAUAAAAAUGAUUAUCGCGAUAUGCAUACGCAAACGGAUUUCGAGAGUUUCACGAAUCUCUGCCGUGAAAAUGAGGAAUUAAAUAGUUUGGUGAAACAGCAACAGGCGCGAAUUGAACAAUUAACAUUGAGAGCCGUUCGUCUCUCGAGGCAAAUGGAAGAGACGCAAUUGGUGAAGAGAAAUAUUUUAGAACUGCCAAAUCCAGUCAUUCAAUUAACGAAAAAUAGUACAAUUGUGAGUGAGAGUAGUUCGACUGAGGAUUUAAUUCAGGACGCAAAAAUGAGACUGAAACGCCUUGAGGAAGAAAGUACAAAAGCCGAUCAGUAUUUUUUCGACUACAUUACUUCGUCAUAAUGUAGAAAUUUUAUUUUUUUACAGUAUUUUUUUUUUACGUAAAUUUGUUUCCCUUUUUUUUCAUGUCAUUGUAUUAAAUUAAUAGUCUAUGAGGGGAAACAAAA